AUGGACCGAUUACCAGACGAGCUACUAUUACGUGUAUUCUCUUUACUUGCAGACGAGACAUGGGAAUUGAGACAACUAGAAAUUGUCUGCCGACGAUUCCAUAGAAUCGGUCAUGACCCUUCUCUUUGGUACACCUUAUUUCUACGUAAAUACCCUUCAUGGGGACGCAGCAUUGCAUUCAGUGUACGCUCGCAUCCGUUGAUUGAUUGGAGAGACUUUGUCAAGCAUAUCACCCAGCAGAACAGACGAGCCAAGUCUUUUUCACUCGAGUUUGUGCCCGAUGAAACUAGCGUGGAGCAUACCAGGGCAGCCGCACGACAGCAUAAAGUUCCGCAGAAACGCAAACUUGCAGCUCAAAGCUCUCAAGAACAGCAUCAGGACAAUCGAAAACGAUCCAUAUUGCCAUCUUCGUCCUCUUCUUCCUCUUCUUCCUCAUCUGCCAUCACCACCAAUAAUGCUAUCACUAUCCCAUCUUCACCAACUAUCGCCAACUCCUCUUCUUCUUUUUCAUCAUCACCAUCAUCAUCCUCAGCAUCAUCCUCAGCAUCACCAUCAACAAGUAUACCAUCCAUUCAUAUCCCUGUGGAAGGAUUGGACCCACCACUUCGACCUUGGUUGGAAUCAUCCAAUCCAACAAUGCAGAUGUUUCAAGAUGCAGCACAACAUUAUCCACCACCAUUUCGGAUACAGGACCCACUCGUUGUGGAUAUUGAUCGUGUGACAAAGACGGGUAUUGUGGCAACGGGUAAACACCGAAGAGAACGAAUCAUCCAUGGUUACCAAGGACAACGCUCUGAACACAAGAUCCUUUUCUGGGAAUACCCUUCUUGGAGACUCAUUCGAGAAUUCGACCUCAGCUUUGCACCAGCAGAGACAUCUUGCCAAAUCACUGGUAUCCAAACCAUUCGCAUGAAUCCAUCUUCGUCAUCCCCCAAUGGCAAAGUGCGUCUAUUCUCAUUAGCUGUUGGGCAACAACUCUUUUUGAACAACAACCAAGAUGAUAUGGAUAACGACGAUCGAGUGGACUUAUGGCAGACCGUAUUGAUCUAUCGAUUAUUUGAUAAUGGUGCAACGCAGUGCGUGGCGCAUGUACAUAUGAAUGGUCAAUUGCUUGGACGUGAUGUCUUUUUCUUUUCGGAGGCAUCGUGGGGAAGAUCGAGUGAUGGAAGUGACGAGGAUUAUGCUCGACAAGCACCUCCUCAAGAGAAUGUGAGCGAGUGGAUGAAGAUUGUGGCACCUGAACACAGCGAUUUCGACCCAUUACAUACCGUAUUUAUGCUUGCCACUGGUCCUGAUUUUCCACGAGUCUCCGGUUGUGGUCGUCUAGUCAAGUUUGAUAUUCGUGGUGAGCGUGACAUUUUGGAUCCUGCAACUGAACCCGUCAUAUGGGACACGCACGAACGACGUUUUCGGCCUUUGUUUGCACCCAAUCGUAACCAUGUUGCUGGAAGUAUCAAUCAUCGUUUUGGCCAUGUUAAAAGCAGCGCUGGUGCUUUCAACUACACUUCAUCUUCAGAAUCGAUACCACAACAACCCGAUAUUCCACCUGCAGCGGUCAUUGCACGUAUCACCAUGGGUAGAAAAAUCAGUUGCAUGAUCCAUUUUCGCCAUCCUCCACAACUCAAUCAUCUCAUUUGUACGGGAAGUUAUGUCAGCGAUCAGCUCACUCUUUUCGAUUGGAGAUUUGGUAUCAAAGUCGGUGUUUUACCAUGGAAGGCUCCUUCACAGCAACAACAGGAUGACAAUGCUCCUUUGGAUGAUCAAGAAGCAAGGCAACGACAUGAAGCACAACAACAGGAAACUGCACCUCCGCCACCACCACCACAACAGCUAGCACAACAACAACAGCUAGCACAAUUACAUCAGCAACCAGCACCGCCACAACAACAACAACAACAACAACAACAACAUCAGCCUAUCAAUAAUCCACAACCACCAGAUGAUCCUCAAGACUUCGCUUUUAGAGAUAUGGUGAUGCAGCAGCACAUGAUGAUGCUGAAUGGAGAGGACGAUGAUAUCGAGGAUAUGGAAGAUGAGGAUCAAUCAGUCGUACAGCCUUGGGGAUUAUCAGCUACUAUGGUCUUACCAUCACACUGGUCACAUGAGGAAUUCCCAAUAGGACAUGAGGAUUUUGCAAAGCGUGGGUUACGGCUUAUUGCGGUAGGCGACAACCGAAACGACAAAUUGGAGAUCAAGGUGUGGGACAUUUCUUAUCUAUUACGAGUCGAUUGGCGUCCUUUGGAUAUGGAAGAGGUCAACAGUGACAUCAAUUUAUCUGGAAAGGAUCAUACGCGAGACUUUUUUUGGUGGAAGCAGGGGACACCACGAUUAAAGCGACUUGCAUUUCGUAUGACACAAGAACCAGAACCUUUAUUACUGAUGGGUCGUACGGGUGUCCAAAGAUUGGCAGAGCAAAAUGAUGACGCACAGCAUACUCAAAUCCAACUUCCCUAUAUGCCUCCCAAGGAUACCGAUCCCAUGAUUAUUGCCCAUGUAUUUGACAAGGAGGAUACCAUUGAUAUGCCAGUACGCUACACUGCAUACAACGUCCUACGCACUUCAUUAUUCCUGUUGACUGAAGAAGGCAAGAUUACGGUUGUGGAUAUUGAAACGGGCGACUUGAUUGGCACUGUGGAAAAUGUCGCAGCAACACCAGGCAUGAUCGGCCAUACAAGGCAGAUACGUGGCAUCGAUGUCAAUGUAGUAGGCAAUGAUGAGAUCGUGGUGACAAGUAGGCAAGGCUUAUUGCGCGGAACAAUGAUAUAG